AUGGGAAUAUAUGAUCUUGAAAAAGAGAUAUGUUGCAUCUUACAAGACUCAUCCAAGAUACGGGAUUAUAAUGUUAAGUUGUGGAACGAAUACAUGAAGAUCAAUGAUGAGGCCAGAUGGUUGAAGGUUGAAAAUUCUAAACUUUUUUCCCAAUAUGCUUGCACGGAGACAUCUCUUGCCAAAUAUAAAGCUGAAUAUUAUGCAAAAUCAGAGGAACCAGAUAGUCCUGAGAGAACUGAUUUAUAUGCAAAAAGUGGUGGCGAAAAAAAUAAUGAGCGAGAGAGCUCUAGCGCUUCUUCAGAACAAAUCAUACCUGUUACUAUUUGCAAAGAAAAGAUUUAA